CCACUCUCCACCUUCCCCUCCCCGUUCUCCUCCUUCCUCUCCUCCUCCCCCGGGCCCCCCCUCCGCAACCACUCGUCUGAAGCCGUCUUGAUCCAAUCGCGCAUCUUCUGGUUGCCGAAGUCCAUUUGCACACAGCAGACCCCCUCGCUCCUCGCGGCGAUGGCUGCCUUCCGUGCCCUGGCCCUCCUCGCCCUGGCCUCCGCCGGCUCCGCCCUGCAGGUCGAGGACGUGGGCGUGCAGCACAACCUGACCGUCUGCAACGCUUACGCGGAGAGCAAGCCCCUCAGCGUCUACACGGUGAACCAGAAGGCGAAGCUCACGGAGGAGCCGCUGCAUUACAAGGCCUGCAAGGAGAUCGUCCUCGAGCUGGCGGACAGCGAGCGCAUCGAUUCCUCUCCUAGGGGGCCUCAGCGUCGGCACGUUCCACGUCGGCAACCUCCCCUUCGCCCCCACGUCGCUGCUGCUGGUGCCGUACCGCAAGGGCAACAGCACCAUGGCGGCGACCUUCUACUCCCACGCGUUCUCCGUCGCGCAGGAGAGCGCGCAGGUCGCGGUGGUCGACGCCUACGACGGCAGCUCGCAGGGCGCCCUGAAGAUCGCGCAGGGCAACAAGAGGCGCGCCGAGGCGGUGCAACUGAAGCCCGGCACGGCCGUGACCCUUGCCGCGGGAGCCUACCAGGUCAGCCUGGACGACGCGAGCGGCAAGAGCGUGAAGACGGUCGCCCUGACGGCCGCCGAGGGCGGCAAGCACGUCAUCAUGCGCGUGGGCGGCAGCGAUGGCAUCCCCCAGGAGCUCGUGGUCUUCUCUGGCGAGUCCGCCGAGCGCAGCGGCGCCUCUCCCCGCACCGGCGCCGCCCUCCUCGGCGCGCUCGCGGCGGCCGUGGCGGCCGCCCUGCUCGCGUGAGGGCGCCCAGGGCCUCCGCAGCGGGGCCAGCCCGGCGCCGCGGGGCACGGGCGGGCCGGCAGCCGGCUGGCCCGCCCGGCCAGAUGCGGGAGGUCCGGGGAGUGGCAGGAGCGGCACCUUGUGGUUUCCCCAGCUGGCGGCGAUCAUUUUGUCUGGCGACGUCAAAAAGUGGGCAUUGGGCCAAACGUGGCAGAGAGAUUGGACCCACUUCGACCUCGAAUUUUCGCCCUCCCCUCCCC